GGAUACUUUUGCUCAACUUACUUUGGGAGGUGUGAAAAGAAGAAAUGCAGAAGGCGCUGAGAGCCUACGCGGAGGUUCUGAGACUUGUGAGACUUUUACCGAAGGACAGCAGGCCUUAUUAUGCUAAGUACGUCCGCGAAAACUUCGUCAAUUAUCGUGAGAUCGACGCUUCUGAUUCCCACGACCUCUUUCAACACACCUAUAAUCAUUCUCUAUGGGUUCUUCAUAAGUAUUCGGUUGAUAAAUCUGCCGCUGAUAAGCUCAAGGACAUAUGCCGUGGUUGAUGCGAUGCCUACCAAAUGUUUGUUCUUAUUUCUCACUCGAGCCUUUUGCUUU